UCAGUUUCCGCCCGGCUCACCCGGUCUUGCUCACGCGGCUGGAAGUCAAGAUGGAGGAGUAUGCUCGAGAACCUUGCCCCUGGCGAAUUGUGGAUGACUGCGGUGGAGCCUUUACGAUGGGCACCAUAGGCGGCGGGAUCUUUCAAGCUAUCAAAGGUUUUCGAAAUUCUCCAGUGGGAGUAAACCACAGACUUCGAGGGAGUUUGACAGCUAUUAAAACCAGGGCUCCACAGUUGGGAGGUAGCUUUGCCAUUUGGGGAGGUCUGUUCUCCAUGAUUGACUGUAGUAUGGUUCAAGUCAGAGGCAAAGAAGACCCCUGGAAUUCCAUCACUAGUGGUGCCUUGACAGGGGCCAUCCUGGCAGCGAGAAAUGGACCGGUGGCCAUGGUCGGGUCAGCUGCGAUGGGUGGCAUUCUCCUAGCUUUAAUCGAAGGAGCUGGUAUCUUGUUGACAAGAUUUGCCUCUUCACAAUUUCCCAACGGCCCUCAGUUUGCGGAAGAUCCCUCCCAGUUGCCUUCAGCCCAGUUACCACCUUCACCUUUUGGAGACUACCGGCAGUAUCAGUAGGACUUGACUCCCAGGGUCUUCUCAUCAGAAUGAGCUGCGUUGAAAAAGGGUUUUAGAAGAUCAAGUUACAGUCUGUUUUUAAAACUGUAGGUGGGACAACUGUGGCCAAAUAGGCUAUGAAGAGACUUUUAGCACUUUUUCUAUUUAAAGAAACAUGAAGAGGGAUAGAAGAUACUACAUUUAUUUAUUCACACUUGGAUUGCAUUUGUGAUCAAAAUAGAUGUCUAAUAUCAUUAAAAGAAAAUGCAGUAAGUGCUUAGAAGAUGAAGGACCAAAGGGCAAAUUACAGUGAAACGUGACCUUCGUUUCCCUGGGGACUUCUCGGGCUGGCUUUAUGUGUGCUGUUAUUCAAACAAUAAAAGCUCCUGGAACUUACUUUUCUUGUAAGAUAAGCUGUAGAAUUCUACUUUUCAUACUGAGCCUACUUCAUGUAAUGCAUGUUUUGUACAAGUCCCUCAUCUCAAAUUAUGUAGAAGAAUGGUGAGAGGCAACAGGAACCACAUCACAGUGAAAUGCUCUGUGGGUUUAGGGCAUAGUGAAAUGCUUGUCCUUUAAAAGCAGAAGGCAGGGUGUGCUGUCUUGGCCUUGAGGAUACGGAAUGCAAAACCGUUACCUUUCAGGUGCGUGUUUUGAUUCGUGGUCAUGACAAUCUCAGGAGAAGCAACUUGGUUCCAAUAUACUUGAUUCUACGUGAGGAGAAUUCUUGCAGGGAGAAGUUUUGGGUUCCUUGUGUGCUUACAGAUAAAAUAUGCUGUUUUUAAUGUGUCUUAAGUCCCUUAAGCUGAUUGAGGAGAUACGUAAUUUUUUUUUUUUUUUUUGCUGGACUGGGGAUUAAACUCAGGCCGUUGCUCUUGC